AUAAAUAUAGUAUUUAAGAUCACCAAGGGCAAAGAGAAAAUGAAAACAUGGCAACAGUCAUUCUAGUGUUGCUUCUAACAUUGUCAGCAGGAAAAUUCACAGUAGCUCAGGAUUGUGGUGCCCAAGCAUCAUUUGCAUCUUGUCCACCAGGCCGGUGCUGCAGCCAGUAUGGCUACUGCGGCACAACGACAGCCUAUUGUGGAUCUGGCUGCCAGAGCCAGUGCAAUCAAGAGAUCUGUGGCAUCCAGGCAAACUUUGCGCCUUGUUCUCCCUCUUCCUCUUGCUGCAGCCAAUAUGGCUUCUGCGGCACUGGAUCUUCAUACUGCGGCCAGGGUUGCCAGAGCGGAGCUUGCACUUCCACACCGAUCACUCCGGUCAAACUUGGCUACUGGUACGUUGACUCCUCCCCGGCAUCCCAAAUCAACUCGUGCCUCUACACGCACUUGCUCUACGCAUUCGUGGAUCUAAACCCCACGACCUUCACGGUGGCUCCGUCGGCUUCCUUGGAUCCCGGCAACUCCAAGAUCUCGUCCUUUGCCUCCACCGUCAAGCUCAAGAAUCCAAACGUCAAGACCCUCUUGUCGAUCGGGGGUGGCAGCAGUGACAAGGAAGCGUUUGCUGCCAUGGUGAGCUCGCCAUCUUCGCGGGCCACGUUCAUCAACAGCACGAUUACGCUCGCCAAGACGUAUGGCUUCGAUGGCCUUGAUCUGGACUGGGAGCAUCCAAACAACGCCUCGCAGAUGACCAAUCUUGGGGUUCUCUUCCAAGAGUGGCGCGCCAAAGCUCCUUCGGGUAUGCUCCUCGCCGCAGCUACAUUCUACGCGAAUCCACAGCCGGCCUGGAUGGGAGGCGCAACGUACCCAGUGGCGUCCAUCCAAGCAAACCUGGACUGGAUCCUCGUCAUGGCCUACGAUUUCCACGGGCCGUCAUUCGAGACCACCACCAACGUGCCCGCGCCACUGUACGACCCGUCAAACCCCACGGUCAACGGCGACUAUGGCAUCACCCAGUGGCUGCAGUCGCUGACCAAGUCAAAGGUGGUGUACGGAAUUCCCGCCUAUGGUUACAAUUGGCAGCUGGUCAACGCAGCAAACCAUGGGAUUGGAGCGCCUUCGAAUGGAGUCUCAAGCGUACUACCGGAGAACCCAACGUUUGCCCAGAUUGUGAGCUUCUUGGCGUCCAGUGGUGCUACCGUGGUUCACAAUGAUACCACGGUUUCCACUUAUGCGUACAGUGGGACUACCUGGAUUGGCUACGACGAUGCGUGGUCAGUGACGAGGAAGGUGAACUACUUGAAAAACAAAGGAAUACGAGGAUAUGGGUUCUGGACGGCCCUUGGGGAUGAUUCUAGCGCCACUCUUGCAAAUGCAGCUGCCAAAACGCUCGAUGGAAAGUACUGUAAUGGACCCCAGAUAUCUCGAUAGAUUUCUGGUAGUAUGUAUCAACUCUUCCCCUUAAAUACAAAGAUAUU